AGAGAGAGAGAGAGAGAGAGAGAGAGAGAGAGAGAGCAGCAACUGUGUGGCGGCUGUUGUACCUUCUGUCGAGCAACUUACUGUCGUGUUUGGAAGCUAAAAUUUAUGAUCAUUUUAACUUGAAUUCUUCAGGAUGAGGAUGACCUUCCGUCUCCUUCUUCUGCUGUCUCUCUGGACAGAAACUGCACUCAGCGACCUGAGCCUGGAGAGGAACCUCACAGAGAAACAUGAGCGUGUGCUGAUUCGCACUAAGAGGAGGUGGGUUCUCUCUACAAUCGAGCUGCAGGAGGAGGAUCCUGGACCUUUUCCCAAAGUGGCCACACAGUUGUAUAACGAUAAGAGCAAUAUGCACAAACUCCGGUUCAGUAUCAGUGGUCAGGGCGUGACAGAAGACCCGCAGGGUAUUCUCACCAUUGAUCCCUUCACUGGUGUGGUCAGCGUACACAAACCUAUCGACCGAGAAACGUACGCUACUUUCAUGGUGAAGUUUGAUGUGUCAGAUCGAGAAACCAACGAAAUUCUUGACAAAACUUUGUCGUUCAGCGUAGCCGUAAAGGACAUAAACGACAAUGCACCUCAGUUCUUACCUGAGGUUCUACAUACAACAAUUCCAGAGAACAUCCAAGAAGGAGUGCUCUCAGUUUCACUGCAGGCCAAAGACAAAGAUGAGAAAGGCAAUGAGAACUCUCGCAUCACCAUGAGGGUGGUGUCUCAGGAGCCACCAUCACCAGUUAUCACCCUCAAGCCUCUCAGCACAAGCGCUACAGAUGACAACAUCAUCGCACAGCUCGCCUUCACUGGGUGCUUUGAUUACGACAAAGCAAAGGCUUAUAAACUGCUUGUUGAAGCCCAAGAUCAUGGAAGCCCAGCGCUCUCCUCUACUGCCACUGUUAAUAUAGCCAUCACUGACUCCAACACACAUCUACCUGUGUUCACUGCCACAAAGUACAAUACUCAGGUUAUGGAGAUGGAAACCAACAAAGAGAUUUUAAGGCUGUCCGUAGAAGACAAGGAUACCCCCAACACUAAAGCAUCUAAAGCUGUGUACAAGAUCCUGAAGGGCAAUGAGGAGGGCAACUACAAGAUUGAGACAGACCCGAAAACGAACGAAGGAGUGUUAACAGUAAUCAAGGGGAAGGAUUAUGAGAGGACAACUCUCACUAAACUGGAAAUAUCAGUGGAGAACGAGGAGCUGUUGUUUUUAUGCAUCGACGGAAAGCCAGCAUCUCCUGCCAUGCGCGCUGCGAGAAAACCCAACACUACUACAGUUGAAGUCAAAGUCAUUGAUGUGAACGACCCGCCAGUGUUUCAGCAGAAGAUUCAGACAGUGUACAAGAAAGAGGAAGGGAACCCGGGAGAGGUGCUGUACGAACCCAUUGUCAAAGAUGUGGAUUCAGACGUUGAUAAAAUCAGGUAUGAAUUAGCAGACGAUCCAGCCAAGUGGGUAAAGGUGGACCCCAAAACAGGCAAGGUCACCACAGUGAUGAAGAUGGACCGUGAGUCUCCAUACGUAGUCAAUGGCACCUACACGGUUCUGAUCCGAGCAAUAGACAAUGGGGAGCCUCCUGCCACAGGCACAGGAACUUUGGUGAUCCAACUGGGAGAUCUAAAUGAUAACGUACCCUACUUGACUACCAACAACUCGAUCAUGUGUGGGAAUAAGACUGACCGGGUGACGGUGAAGCCUGAUGACGCUGACGCACCUCCAUUUGCAGGACCCUUUUCCUUCUCUGUUGCGAGUGAAGAUAAGGAGCUGUUGAGCAUGUGGAAGUUAAACCCAAGCACAGGGUCUGAAUCUUCAUUGAUAAGUCUGAAGAGUUUGCCAUACGGGAACUACUCGGUUCCACUGCGGAUCGAGGACCAGCAGGGGAAAGUAGGACUGGACACUCUGAAUGUGGUGGUGUGUGACUGUGGGGGUAAAGAUGUGUGUCGAUCGCUCCUGCCUCGUUCUUCCAACCUGCAUGGAGCAGCUAUAGGAAUCUUACUGGGAUCGAUGCUGUUAUUGGCUUUGCUGCUCUGCUGUUGUUUUCUUUGUGAGUACAAAGCGAAGGAAUUUAUACUAAACAUCCAAGACGAAGGGAACCAAACCCUCAUCAAAUACAAUGAAGAAGGAGGGGGCUCACUCGCCAAGGCUGAAACACUAGUAGGCCAGUCCUCCACUGUUGGCCUGAAGUCAGGACCUAUACAGCUCACGGAGUUCUCCAAUGGAUACGGAGGGAUUAACAGCUCAACAAAAAGGAGAACAAUGUCUUCAGGGGGCUUUCAGCAGAUGGCUGAGGCUGGCGGAACCUUGAUGAGUCAGAACUGGGGUACGAGCAGGAGCUUCACCUUCAGGAAUGGGUCUCACAGAUUCUCCAGAUCCUUCAGCCUGAUGUCAGACUGGAACAUAGAAGACCAUCUUCUAAGGAAGCUGUAUGAACUUCCUGAAGACCAGCUUGACUUCCCUGAGUGCCACCCUCAUGAAUACAGCUACGAGGGAAUGGGCAGCAAGUGUCCAUCUCUAGACAAGCUCUCCUUUAGCGCUGAUGGAGAUGAUCUGGACUUUCUCAACAACCUAGGCCCAAAAUUUCAUACUUUGGAUGCGAUUUGUCAGAAGGCAAUGGAGGAGAAGAACAUAAAGUUGUAAGACAGGACACAGACAAUGGAUUAUUUCUUUUUUACUUUUUUUGAUUUUUUUAAAUGGAUCAUGGACAUUUUAUGGGUUUAUGGAAACAGUGGGUGAUCGUUUUAAUAUAACACUGGUGGAUAAUAUCUCUCACGGGCAUCAACUAAUGAGAAAACUUGUCUUCAGCCCUGAUUGGGCCACAGCUGCAAAACCUUCCUUUUAUAUCACUUCUGAAAGGAAAUGCCUGCAAAAACAUCAGAGCUCCAGCAUCUGGACAUCAAAUCCAGGCUUUGCUGUGGGCUGGUUAUAAAGCAGUGGACCUGCUGGUUAUAUUUGGUGGUGGAUAUUAUCAGAUGGAGAUAAAAUGGUUAUGGUAUAGCUGGACUACAGCUCUGGAAUGUUGAUACAUCUCUGGAAUGUUUUUGGUUUUAGGCUUUAAGCCAUAUACAGUAAUCUUGGGUAAGUACUCUGAAGACUACUCAUCACUCUACAUCAGGUAAAGUGCUGGGCUAUACUGACAGAAUUAAACAUCACAAUAUUUCCCAAAUAUCAGUUUUGUGAUUUUUGAUAUGUAAAUUAGCACAGAUAAAGUAAACGAACCCAUGCUUUGAUAAAGUUAAUAUGUUAGCAUCAUUAAAGCGAAUUAGUCCAUGUUUUAAUAAAGUUAAUGAUCCCAUGCGUUAAUCACAUUAACGAUUAAUAAAAAAUUUAAUUCAUAAAA